CGAACAUGAGUUCUCCGAAGCACCUGUCCGCCAUAUCACUGUUUGUGGUACUUCUCUGUGUUCCGCUCUCUCACUGCCGAGGGCUAUCCAGGAAUAAACGAGCGGCAUGUGACCCUAUCUACACGGCUCUUGUCGCCGACCACAGCAUGUGUCUUGACGAUGCUGCCAAAUCCAACCCAGCUCCAUUCAGCGCUGCGGAGGCGCAGGUUCUCGUUGAUCAACACAACGCUUUCAGGGCUCAGGAACCAAACGCUGCAGGGAUGAUGAAAUUGAUAUGGGACGCUGACAUCGCCGCCGUUGCACAGAAAUGGGCUCAGCAGUGUGGACAGAUAGGAGCUCAUGAAUCUGCCUCAAACAAGCGAUCUGUACCAAGUCUGCAUGGUAUUAUUAUUGGUCAGAAUGUUGCUACGCUGCCACAACCCUGGUAUUCGUAUGAGGACGCUGUAGGCCUUUGGCACGAUGAAAUUAAGGACUUCGAGUAUGGAACCGGAUCUGUCAAUGGAGGCGUCAUUGGUCACUACACACAGGUGGUGCUUAGUGAUGUCGCGCGCAUAGGAUGUGGCAGAGCAGAAUGCAGCGAGGCCAGUGGCAUCCAGGAAAAGAUCGUUUGUAACUAUGCAAGAGGACAACUGACGUCGGACAAGCCACAACCGUUUACCUAUUGUGCAGAUGCCUCCUGUAAGACUGACUGUUUGGCGAGAGAUGCAGCCGGCCUUUGUGACUGUUGUGGCAAGGUGUGCCUGAAUGGAGGAACUCUGGACAAGGCAACCUGCACCUGCUCCUGCCCGGCGUUCAUGUCCGGAGGCUCGUGCGAGACAGUUGCCUGUGGAUCACUAACAGACAAGAGCUACUGCACCGACAAGACGAAGUGCAAAUAUUCAUUCUACAUCACCAACUGUCCAGACAUGUGCACAUGUAGUCUACGGACAUCAGCCUGUUCCAAGGUGUGUCAAAACGGAGGUACACAGAACACUCUCCCUUGCACCUGCAACUGCCCCGACGGCUGGAGCGGCGACGUGUGUGAUGUUUCAGCUGCAGCAACAUCUACAACUACUACGACGACAACUACUACUACCACGACCACAACACCAACCACGACCAGUACAACUACUACAACAACAACACCUACUACCACAAGUACAAGUACUACUACGACUACUACUACUACUACUACAACCCCUACAACCAGCACAACUACAGCUACAACUCCAACAACUCCAACAAAGACGAGUACAACUACCGAUACGACUACCACCACUCCUACAACAACUACUCCCACUACAACUACUACAACAACAACUACCACAACUACGACUACAACGACUACAACAACUACAACACCAUCUGCCUCAGACUGCCACACCAAGGUGGGCGGAACAGCCGUGUACAGCGGAACCAAGUCCACCACCAAGAACGGCCACACAUGCCAAGCCUGGAGUAGCCAGACCCCCAACAGUCACAACUACGUUGACGCCUACUUCAGCGUAGCGUCCGGCGGCGCGACAACAAACCAGGAGGAAUCCGGCAACUACUGCAGAGACCCUUCAGGGGGCAGAGUCCAGCCAGCGGGAAGACCCUGGUGCUACGUCGCUGAUCCAAGUGGUCCACGAUGGGACUAUUGUGAUGUUCCCGAGUGCCCGUGUGAGGCGCCCCCCGCGGUGCCUAACACGGACGUGACAGUGUCUGGCACCAGCGCCACCUACACCUGCAAGGAAGGCAUGGCAAGCACUGGGGGCUAUGUCCGUGUGUCAAACUGCCAGGGAGGCCUGUGGUCUGCAACCAACAUUAAAUGCACUGACGCGUCUACCUGUUACGCAAGGCAAGGCGGCACCGCCGUAUACACUGGCACUCACUCAACCACCACGAGGGGCUACACAUGUCAAGCCUGGUCCAGCAACACCCCCAACACACAUAGCUACGGCGAUGCCUACUUCGGCAUCGCAAACGGAAAUGACGUCACUCCGACCCAAGCCGAGAACGGCAACUACUGCCGAGAUCCUGCGUUUGGAAGAACCCGUCCUGUGGGGCGACUCUGGUGCUAUGUUGGCGACAGAGCCACCCCGAGAUGGGAUUAUUGUGAUGAUGUCCCCGCUUGUGAAGAAACUGAGCUUUCACGGGGAUUUUGAAAAUAAAUUAAUGUAGCAAGAACAUCA